AAACCUGGCAACCUGGCAUGCUUGCACGGAGCCCGAUUGGCAAUCUGGCAAUGCGGAAAUAGAUCUGGCACCCCCGGAGCCCGGAUUGAGGAGAGAGGCGUGACAGAGCGAGCAGAGAGGAGAGGGGAUUGAAUUGACAAAGAUAAAAUAAUCAACUUUCUUUCCCUCCAAGCUUUUUCUUUUCUUUUUUUUUUUUUUUUUGAAUUAAAGCGCUCAGGUGCGCUCCUCUGCACCAGCUGGGAAUUUUUUUCUCUCCAGCGUUUGUUUUUUAUUUUAUUUCACAAGUCAGAGAAGAGCGGAGAAGAAGUGCGUCUUUUUGAACCGUUUGGACUUCUUUACUGAGUUUUCCUGCUUUUUGCAUCAAGCAUGGAUGUGUUGGCGAAUUACAGUAUUUUCCAGGAACUCCAACUCGUUCAUGACACUGGUUAUUUCUCUGCGAUGCCUUCCCUGGAGGAGAACUGGCAGCAGACAUGUCUAGAGUUGGAGCGGUAUCUCCAGACAGAGCCCAAGCGACUCUCAGAGCUCUUUGAUGAGGAGCUGGACUGUCUCUUAACGCCAGCCUUCAUGCAGGGUGGUGACAGUGAUGAGGACCUGAUGGACCCCCUCCUACCCAGCCUCCCUGACCAACCCAGCCCACCUCCACUACUGGUAACUCUGCCCAAGGUCCAGACCAAAAUCCUCCAAGUUCCCAACCCCAGCAAGACCCAAGCAGAGGCAGGCACUGAAACCCCCACAGCAAAGGACCAAGUCCUCGCCGGAGUCAGUGCAGCACAGCUUAGUGCCGCUGUUACAUCCCUAACACCGCCAUCAUCGCCAGAGCUCGGCCGUCACCUCGUCAAACCCACACAAACACUGACUGCAAUGGCAGAUGGUACGCUAACGCUCAAACUUGUGGCAAAGAAGGUAGGGUUAGGGGCGGCUAAACUGGUGGCAGCACGAGCGUUACCGUCGCCGCCAAGCCGAGGAGGAGCCCUCAGUGACAGCGAGCAGGGAGGAGGAGGAAGCCUAGGAGGAGACGUACCAGAGAACAAAAAGAGGGUCCAUCGGUGCCAGUUUAAUGGCUGCAGGAAGGUUUACACCAAGAGCUCCCAUCUGAAGGCGCAUCAAAGGACUCACACAGGUGAGAAGCCCUAUAAGUGCUCAUGGGAAGGCUGCGAAUGGCGUUUUGCCCGCAGCGACGAGCUGACGCGACACUACCGCAAACACACCGGAGCGAAGCCAUUCAAGUGCAACCACUGCGACAGGUGUUUCUCUCGGUCGGACCACCUGGCCCUGCACAUGAAGAGGCACAUCUGAGGGAGGAGGAAGGAGCAGGAGAGGGGGAGAAGCAAGAGGAGGAAGAGGAGUAAGGAGGAAGAAGAGGAGGAGGAGGAGGGAGAGGAGGAGGAGAAGGAGGAGGAGGAGAGAUAGGCAGUCGAGCUACCAACCACCCGUCUCGUUCACCUCGUCUAUAAACCAGUCAGCGGCCGUGACGCCUGCAGAUCAUGCGCCUCCAUCUGAGCGGGCCGUGACUAAGGGGGACUGGAGGAAGAAACGAGGAGUAGCUAGAUUGUUGUUUUUCUUUAAAAUUACACAUUCACACACCUGCAAAAGUGAACACCCGUCUUUGAAUGCAUCAUCCCGGUGAACCCCGGCUGCUCUCACGCGGCUCUGGGGUCUUGGACACUGCCAAACCAACGUAUACUUUACUUGCUUGAUGAAAGCUUUUUUUUCUUUCUCUGUAUUCAGUGUGUUUAAACCAUAAAGUCACUUUGGGUGAGGAGACAGUUCAGUAAGGAGACUUUAAAUAU